UGUUUUCCGACGCACUUCCGGCGUUCUCCGGAUGUUGCUAAGGAAUAUUGAAGCGUAGUACAAAAUCAGACCCAGCAAAAUGUUUUACUGGAUGCUGAGGGAGACGUUCAUGGGAAAAUAGUUGUCUACAUUUUCCUGAUGUUGGCUGUUAAUACCAAGCGAAGCCCUGGCCUAGGUGUUCUUGCUGUGCCUUACAAAAUCGUGGACCAUGAUGGAACAAAGAAAAGUCUUAACUAUUCCAUUUAGUGGUGACAAGGAUAACUUGAUGGAAAACCCACUUAAAAUCCCCAUGACAUGUCUUUCAUCAGAGUGUGGGAAGUUAGGCAGACAGGUUUCCUGGACUGCAUUUGCAGGCUGCAAACUCAGACAGCAUGAUUCACAGCAUAAAAACGGAUCUGUGAUGUUUGAUCACAAGCAUGGAGCCGUGGUCGCAUUGGAAAUGGCUAGGAGGAAGCCCUGUCUGGUCCUUACAGAUGUCCUAAAGACAGAGGAGGGCAUGACUUAUAUGGACAGGAUAAAACAGAGUCAUAUCUUGGAAAAUAGAGGACAAAUGUCAGGUACGCAGAGGGAGAGUGGUCGGUGCAGAGAAGAACCGCUGAUCUGCAGAGACACAAGGUCCAGUCAGAUAGAGGCCAAAAAUGAUAAGAGCAAGAGUGUAACUCCUAAACGCAACCAGAGGUCCACCUCUUCACCUUCUCAAAGGUCAAGAAUCAGGAGAAGGUUACAAAAUGUUGAUGAUGAAGAGAACAAAGAAGAAAACAAAGAUAUCGAGGAGGUGAUAAUAGGCAAGGACAAUGGAGCGGACCACACAUUUUCUGAAGUUGUAGACUGUGGGUUGUCAGUCAGCUGGGAGCCUGCUGAGAAUACAGGACGCUGUGAUGAGUUCUCCCCAGCGAGCAUCAAGGACAGGUGGACUGAUCCAGAAAAAGAAGAACAGCACAGUUUGAAAAGGAAAAGAAGUGAUGCAGGGGCCCAGUACAAUGGAACAGGCAGCUUUAAACGGCACCGUGAGAGUGUGCUACGCCUCACUGGAGAAAAUGGAAGAGAUGGAGGGCCAGCCCCUGCACGUGUUUGUCUGGAAGAAAGUGGAGAAGACGGCGAUUUGGAGAGCCUGGACCGUAGCAUUGUACAGUUCACUGUGGGAGGAGAUGAUAGAACAGAAGUUCUGGUCCCAAUCAUCAAUCCUGAGUUGGAGGGUGGAGAUUUCAUCAGCACCCGCAGAACAAGUCUAUCGUCUAGCCAUGACAGCACAACCAAGACUAGAAGCCCGACUGAACCAAUUGUUCUGUCCAGUGAUGAUGAGGAGGAGAGCGGUGACGUUCCUCAGCACUGCAGCCCACCGGUCCAUACACUGGACACAGUAAUACAGCAACAAUCCUCACAGGAAGCUUUGGUCAAACAGCAAGAAGCUUCUGACAUACAAGACAUGCAGGUGCUGCGUAUAGUUGUAGAAGAGGUUCCUGGUUCGGUGGCACCUUCUCCCAUCCCCAGUGUAGACUACUCCCUCAUGGGCUUAGCCUUCUCCACCCUGCACUGUGGAGGUUACCAGGGGAAGGCAAAUGGAGACAUCAUGAUGGCAGACCAUAAAAUCAUCAUCCCACUGAAAGACACCACUGAACAGGUGGAGGUGAUGUUAACCUUUGAGCGCAAAGACCUAAGGAGAUAUAGUGUUUGGGAGAAGCAGGAAAUGGAGAUGCGGGAGCUUCACUUUAAAGGGGAUGAAGAGCCUUUCCCUGCUGCUGUUCUUCUGUUUUGUGUGUCUGAAACUGCUGCAGCUGCUAUACAGCGGGACCUCUGCAAACUUUGUGUCAAACAAGAUGGAACCACGAAUGCUGGCAAGACCAGCCCUUAUAUCCUGCUGACUCUGAGAGAUCCUCUAGAGGGAAUGGAGGGGGCUUUAUUGCGCUCCCUCCUGGACAUUGACUGUCUGAACAGUCUGACACAUGAACAAUCUAUUUUAACCCAUCGCGUAGAUAGAUUCAGUCGUUGGGAAGACAUCCACACUCCUGUUCUUUCUCUGGACGAUAGUAUAGAGCUGAUUAGAAGAACCGGACUGGACUCUCACCUGCUGUCUCUACUGGGCCUGGAGAGUAGCGACUCUGGGCUUAACACAGACCAGGACGAUUCACAUUCUGACAGAGACGACCGCACAACAAACAACUCACCACGCAACCAGCUGGAGGUUGAGCCACAUAAAGAGACAGUCCUUGAGCUGGAGACAGCACCAGAGCAAGACACAGGGAAGCAACUAAAACCAGAGGAGGAUCAGAAAGAUCUAGAGCUCCAACAUCCCUCUGAGAAGAGAACGGAAGAACCCACCCCUGUAUACACACUGUGCCAUCGUAGAACCAAAGGAUCGUACUCCAUGUCCCUGUGUAAACCAGACUCCUGCUGGACUAAAUAUAAACAUCAGGGUCUGGCCCGCAGGUUGAUCCAGUUUCCUCCUCCUCCACUGAAAGGAGGAAUAACUGUUACAAUGGAGGACCUGCAAUGCCUUGACAGUGGGCAGUUCCUCAAUGAUGUUAUCAUCGAUUUUUACCUCAAAUACCUCCUCCAGAAUGCUUCUGCUGCUGUGGCUGAGCGCUCCCACAUCUUCAGCAGCUUUUUCUACAAACAGCUGACACGGAGGGACAACGCCAGCGAAGGCAGCACCAGUGACUUCUGUCAGAGGCAGAGGCGGCACCAACGGGUGAAGACAUGGACUCGCCAUGUGGACAUCUUCAAAAAGGACUUCCUUUUUGUGCCCGUCAAUCAAGAGGCUCAUUGGUAUUUAGUUGUCAUUUGCUUUCCUGGGCUGGAGGAGCCAAAAUUUAAGGCCUGGACUGGUCCAGACUCUCAGACAGAGGAGAGCCAUUGUGGGACAGAUGAGUCACAGGAGCAAGAUGAGGCUCAAAGAUCUAAAAGUCCAAAUGAUAACCUAGAGAUGCCACCUACAUUAAACCACAGUGACAGCGUGGACACAGAGACUGAAAAUGCUCAAGAAGGAUCCACCAAAGACCCACCACCUGGUCCAGUGAACUGCACAGAGCAGACCUUCCAGAAAAAGGCUGUUUGCAAAAGGCCGUGUAUUCUCAUCAUGGAUUCCCUCAAACUUUCUCUUCACGAGCGGGUCUUCAAACUCUUGCGGGAGUACUUGCAGUCAGAAUGGGAGGUCCGUCGUGGCUCAUCAAGGGACUUUGGUCCUGAUCAGAUGAAAAGCUCACACUGCCAAGUUCCCCUUCAGGACAACAGCAGCGACUGUGGCCUUUAUCUGCUGCAAUACGUCGAGAGCUUUUUGAAGGACCCUGUGGUGCACUUUGACCUCCCUCUACACCUAGAACGAUGGUUCCCAAGGCAGCAGGUGCGAAGGAAACGAGACGAAAUCAGAGAUCUUGUACUUAACCUUUACCGAAAGCAGAAUCUGGAUAAAAACAGAUAGACCAAGAAGGAUCUCUACUGCUCAGUGUGUCAUAUUCCUGUAGCCAUUAUAAAUCACUGCUCAUAGUGAGCGACGGACAUUUCAGCGUGAACUGAAAAUAUUUCCUUUUAAAUUAUGUUGUUGUUUUAUGCAUUAACUUGAACAAAAAAAGGAAAACCUUUGACUGUCUAUGGAUCCUGUAAGUGAAUAUGAAGGCAUUAGUUAAUUCAAAAUAAAAAAGUAGCUUUUGUGUUCAAGCGGAAAUACUUUUGAAUUCAGUUAUAUCUAGACAUGCAAAGGUUUGUACACCCCAAGACUUUUUAUUGAUUGUUUUUAUGCUGCAAGAUAUUUUAUAAAGGGAAUUAUUUGUAUUAAUUUUCUAUGUAGAAUCACAGGUCAAACAAGACAUUGCGUGAAAGUGUAACAAGUGUAAAACCUAGUCUGUACAGCGAAAAUGUAAAAAGUUUUGAGUUGAGUUUAUUUGCUCUGCUGACAUUUGUUAGACAUUUCAUGUCGAAAUAGUUCUGAUUCUGCCUUCUUUUGCAUCAGUGCACCCUUAUUGGAUGAGAUUUACAUUAGAUGAUAAUUCCUAAGCACAGGCAUAGUAUGAAAUACAUGUCAUUUUACGCUGAAUUUCAUUAUAAAAUGCUAUGCCACAGAAGUCUCAGGAACUGGAAUCUGUCCCGACUUGAAACAGCUAUUCCAUCAUUUUCCCCGUGUUGGAUACAUGGAACAAAAGAUCAACUCCUCUUGUCACUCAUUGCCUCACUUACAGUUUUCCUGUUAGCUUCCACAUGGGACAGGACAGGAGACCUGGCAGUGUCUACAAAUGACAGUGAACUAAAAUCAUUCACUCAUUUUCUCUUGGCAACAAAGUCGAACUGUGUAUACUACUGUAUUUGUGACACUGUGUCUUCCACUCUGUAUUGCAAUUCAUCAUAGACCCUAAAAUCAUAUUGCCGUAGAGAUGGAACCAGCUAACUUGCAGAAAUUGGCAGAACUACACCAAACCAGGAUAUCAAACUAUUAACGUAGCCGACUGCGUAUUUCCAGUGUGCGUACAGAAUAGGGCCACAGCUAAUGAUUAUUUUCAUUAUCAAUUAAUCAUCAGAUUUAUUGUUCUCGAUUAAUCAAUGAAUCGUUUGGUCUACAAAAUUCCAGAAAACAAUGAAAAAAGUUUGGCCAAGGUGAUAUCAAUCAUAUUGCCUGUUUGGUUCGUCCACCACCCCAAAAUCCAAAGACGUUGAAGUUGCCAUCACACAAACUGAAGAAAAGAAGAUAAUUCCACAAAGGACAAGCUGGAACGGUAAUGUUAGUCAUUUUUACCAGAAAAAUUACUUUAAUCGUGAAUCGAUUAUCAAAAUAGUUGUCGAUUAUUUUUCUAUUGAUUGGCUAAUUGAUUAAUCGAGAAAUAUAGAAUACCUCAAAUCAGUUUUGGGAAAUGUUUUUGAUACUGGCAUGGCAUUGAAGUUCUUUUUUCUUUUGUAGUUUUUGUUGUUGUUUUUUUUUCUUUUGCAAAAUUUGAUGAGUGGACCAUUUGAAAGUUUGUGGCCUCUAUCGUGUAAAACUAAUAAACUAAUAGCUACAGUGUAUACUGUAGAUUACAAAGAAACGUUAUUGUGCAAAAAGUGGGACUAUGGGGGAGCUCAAGUAUUUUUAGCACUGUCAACUCUGAUUUCUUACGCAGAGCAUAUAAGUAAUCUGAAUCCUGAAUGAAUUCUUUUAAUAAGAUUGUGCAACCCUCAACUUUUUUUCAAAUUGCUGACAUUGGUAUGUAACAGUAUGCUGUCAAAGGUAAAACCUACUUAAGAUCCACGACCUUAUGAGAUACUGCAGUCCGUCACUACUCUCGCCUAAAUUCUCAAGAGAUCCGUCUUGAUAGACAUGCAGUUUUUUUCCCUUUAUGAUGUUCUCCAUGCCAUGCUUUUUUUUAGACAUUCUGAUGGAUGAAUGUACAGGAGCUGAUUCCAAAUUGUCUUUGGUUUCAAUGGUAUAUUAAAAC